CGGCGUCGCGUAGCAGGUGUUCUGUGCACCGUAAUUGAUUGAUGUCUCAACCUUGUGCCCUAAACACCCGUGUGGUUAUACUGGAACUGAUUGCAGCUUCACCAGUUCAUCAGCAUUCGCUGAAGAUGGUUAGCCGGUUACUGCAUGAUCUGACACCUUGCGAAUCAAAAUACACCAUUUAUGCAUAUAUAGUAUAACUUGAAGGACACAAAAUUUGGCCAUGAUCAACUGAAAAUUAUUCCUGUGCAGUGUCUAAAGAAGGACUUCGGGGUGGAAAACAAGGUAGUCCUUGAGUGAUCAGCAUCAAAGCACCAGGGAGAUAAUCCUGGCAAGAUGGCAACUCUCCAAAAAGCGUCUAAACGACCCUGGGGCACCAUCACCAAGCCCGACCACAUGGGACUGGGCCACCAGAGACUGACCGCCUACGAGGUGGAGCAGAGUGUCAACCGGCUGUACUACGUGCCUAAGGCCAGAGAUGCCAAGUACAACCGGCAAAACCCCAAGAUGACCAGUACCGACAUCAGGAAGAUGGUCGAGAGGCUGACCAGCAAGCCAACCGAGAAGGUGCCCGACUCCAAGCGUGUGCCCGAAGGGAAGCUGAGGGAGAUUGGAAUUCUGAAUUCAUUUGCAUGGAAAGGAUACAACUGAUCACAUUUUCAGUUAAAUUAAGCAAGGAUUCACUGGAAACCUUGUUUGUACAGCUGAUGAUGUAGGACUUCAUGCAUCAUACCAGGAAAAGUGGAUGUGUUGCAGUGGGCAAAGUUUUUUACACUAUCUGUUGUUCAUAAUCCACUUUCUUUUGAUUGCCAUCCACACUUAAAGCCAUACCCAAGUGCCAGACUACAGAAUUUUUUCUCUUAAUAAUCAGCAAAUUCAAAGAAAUGAUUGCAUGCCUGUGUUACUCUAAAUAGUAGUUGCAAGAUACUUGAAUUAAUCAUCUUGUGUAUGCCAUGGCUGAAUGACUGUUUCUGUGGAGAUUUCCAACAGGUUAUGCCUCACUGGAAGAUAUCUCAGCAACCAUAACUGUACUAGUUCAGUUAAACUGGUCCAUUUAAGCAGCAAUCUUCAGUGGGAUAUACAGCUGAGAUUCUGCAUGUUAUUGCUGUAAAUUUUACACAAUCCUUCAAGGAUACUAUUGCACACAAGUGAUUUGCAUUGCCCAUAAAGAGGGCACAGCUUUCCAAGGGAGGGGAUGUGAAGCAUUGAAGACUGAAAACCACGGUAGAGGGGCUCAAUUUCAGGGCAUUUUUUUUUAAUUUAGCUCCUUUCUUUUUCAUCACUUUCCCCAUUUCUGUUAUUGUUUUUCUUAUUUUU